GGUACAUGGAGCCAGUUAUAAGCCAAGCCUUAGUAGCACCGCGCGAGAGCAGUUAGCGCAGCUCCGUGUCACAGCUCUCACCCUAUUCCCAUCUAUGGUGGCACUGCGCUAACUGUCACUUGUCUUUUCUCUUCUCCCCUUCGCCCUCUCGUCUGUCCCGCUGCUCCAGGGUGUUCUCUACACCACUCCGGUCAUCAGAGAGCACGGCAACAUCUACAAGCCCAAUAACAAGCCAAAUAACAAGCCCAGCAUGGCAGAUGAUAUGCUGACUGACGCUGAUAUGCGGGACUCGCACACCAAGGAGAUCGAUCUGGUCAACAGGGACCCCAAGCACCUCAAUGACGAUGUGGUCAAGAUCGAUUUUGAAGAUGUGAUCGCUGAACCAGAUGGGACGCAUAGCUUCGAUGGCAUCUGGAAAACAAGCUUCACUACAUUCACUGUCACAAAGUACUGGUUCUAUCGGCUGCUGUCUGCUAUCUUCGGCAUCCCAUUGUCACUUAUCUGGGGCAUCUUCUUUGCCAUCCUCUCCUUCCUGCACAUCUGGGCAGUGGUGCCCUGCAUACGAAGCUACUUGAUUGAGAUUCAGUUCCUUAGCCGGGUCUAUUCCAUCGGUGUGCACACCUUGUUUGACCCAUGGUUUGAAGCCAUGGGCAAAAUGCUCAGUUUUAUUAAGAUUUCCUUACGCAAAGAAGUGUAGGUGACUAUAACGGAGAGCAGAGAGUCAUAUUUUAUCUGUUUUGUUUGUUUCUUUGUUUGUUUGUUUUUUUAAAAAAGCAGCAACAAUAUUUGAGCACUGAAGCAAGAUCAAAGAAUCACUAGAGUUAAUAUCCCUAUGCAAAUGAUUUAUCCCUGUAGACUUGUAUAAGCCUUUAGGAAGUCUGCACAUUGUGAAACAGAUCCGAUUUUGUUGGUUUAAUGUGAAAUACUGCAUAUAUGUUUCCCACCCACAUGUAUUUCUUCUAUUGGACUAGCAUGAAGCAGCCCUUUUCUAACCCUAUAAUGCUGAUGACUUUAUUUUCUGAGCAAAUGUAUUUCAUUGCAGUCGGAUGAACGUCACAGCCUGGCAGGCUGGGAGAGAAUGUUCUUUUCCUAUUGUAUAAUCUGCUAACUGCUGUCAUUUACUUCACUGGCUUGAUUUUACAUCCAACAGUGCAAGCAAAUAGCUGCAUUAAAGAGAGAUUCUCGUCAUGUGUAAAUAACCAAUAUAUGAAAGACUUUAUUGAAAAAAGCCUUCUCUGUCGGGCAAAACCAAUGCUGCAAACAACAUUUCUAAUAAAGGAAGAAUAAUUAGCAGAAUACAUUUGUUAGUGUCACUUGUGAGACGUUACUGCUUGCCAACAGAAUUCACAUACAAACACAUGGCAUAUUUGUCCCAAAUAGGCAGUCAUCCUGGGGAAAGGGCAUCUUUGGCUUCCCAGAAUUUACAAUCAGGAGUGGUGUCAGGGCAUACAUAGUUCUGUUUUUCAGACCUUCCUUUACUCGCCAUGCUUCCAUCUUUUUUAAUUAUUUCCCCUUCACAAUAUCAGUAUAAUUAAUGUGAAAUGUGUUUUUUUUACUUAUUUAGUCAAUCAGUCAAUCACUUGUAUAAGGCUAUCUUGCUAACAAGGCAAAUUCAUAAAGGAUAUGGCACAUUCCCAUAGGCUUUUUGUUGUGAACAGUGCUCCCUGUGGCAUUCCCAGCCAGAACAUACAUAAAGCUCCCAGCAUCCAUAGCCAACUGCUACUGCUAGCUGCAAACCGACAGCUCUCCCUUAAUAUAACACUUUGCUUACUAAAGCCAAAUACAAUGUUUUAAAUUAUACUGUAAAAGACACUUUUGUUGUUUAACAUUAAAAUGAUCAGAUAAGAUUUUUAUCAUGCCCGCUUCAUUGUAUUAGAUUUAGUUUAUUCAUCCAAUUGCAAUUUACAGCAAUCACACUGAGUAAUGAAUACUGUGUAAAGUUUUACAUGCCACUGCUUUCAUUGGUUAUUACUGUCUCAUUAAACAUUUUUGUGACUUUGA